AUGACAAGCACGGAUUGGGCCCUGUCCGCCCCAUGGAUCUGGGUCCCGCACUACCUGGAAGAGGACAACCAGCCCGGCCGAUACUUUCUUUUCCGCAAAACCUUCCAAUGGCCGGGCACCGCUCGCAAUGACCACGACUGCCUCGUGCACGUCUCCGCCGACAGUCGAUAUCGCCUGUUCGUCAACGGGCGCAGCGUCAGCUUCGGGCCCUGCAAAUCGCAUCCCGGCAAGUGGUACUACGAGACGGUGGACAUUCGUCCGUACCUCGUCGCCGGCGCGAACGUAGUCAGUGCCCGGGUCCUGCGCUACUCGAGUAUCGUGGCCGGCUCGUCCUCGAUCGUCAGCUCGCCGUUGCCGGGGUUUAUGCUCUCUUCGGCCAGGGAGGAUCUUCCAAUCUCCAGCGAUGUGUCGUGGAAAUGCUGGGAGCAGAAAUCCGUGCAGGUCAUCCCGCACGCGGGGUGGAAUUUCCUGCUCGGGCCGCCGUUCAUGGCGAACAAUGAGCGGGUCGAGGAGGAUCCGGCCCUGCGUGGUUGGCACGACGCUGGAUACGAUGACUCCGCAUGGGAGUCUGCUGUCGUGCAGUCGAACGCGGUCAAAAUGAUGCCCAUCGUGAGCCAUUGGCAGCUUAGCCCGCGGCCGAUCCCUCCUCUGCCGGAGAUACCGUGCAGGUUCGACGGAGUCGCCAAGUCUUCCGGGGCAAUUGCAGCGGAGGACUGGGAAGCGCUAUUAUCUGCUGGUCAGCCUGUCGUCGUCCCGGCAGGUGAGAGCGUAACGGUUGACUUGAGCGUGGACAGCCUCAUGACUGCUUUCAUCAACCUGGCGUUCAGUGGAGGGUCAGGCGCACGUCUGACAGUGUUGUAUGCGGAGUGCUACGAGAAGGACCUCGGGGUGGAUACCGCUCCUUUCCCCAUGCCACGAACCAAAGCCAACCGCGCGGACGUCAGCGGUCGUCUUUACGGGCCGAGGGACUAUUACACCGUCACGGCGGGCCAGGGGACGCACUCCUUCGAGCCAUUCUGGUUCCGCUGUUUUCGCUACGUGCAGAUCAAGAUCACCACGACCGACCAACCGUUAACCCUGAGCCGGAUCUCCCUGCGCGAGACAUCGUACCCGCUGGAAAUCAAGACGAAGAUCCAAGCCGGGGACGAACUUACCAAGAUCUGGGACAUAAGCCUCCACACCCUCAAGAACUGCCGCCAUGAGACCUUCGAGGAUUGCCCCUUCUACGAGCAGAACCAGUUCGCAUCCGACUCGCGGCUGCAGAUGCUCUUCGGCUACCAGCUCUCGCCGGACGACUGCCUAGCCCGCAAGACCAUGGAGGAGUUCCACGCCAGCCGCACCGCCGACGGCCUCAUCAUCGCGCAAUACCCCACGGGGCUCCCGCUCAAACAGAUCCCACAGUUCUCCCUCUACUUCAUCCUGAUGGUGCACGACCACAUGCGGUACUUCGGCGACCCGACCCUCGUGCGCCGGUAUUUGGGGACGGUCGACAGCAUCCUGGACCACUUCUCGCAGCGCCUCGACCGCCGGGGGCUCGUCGGGCAAUUCGCGCCGAACACUUGGCCCUUCAUCGACUGGGUCAAAGAAUGGCUCGUGCCCGGCCAGAUCUUCCAGUCGUGCAUGCCGCCCGCCUACCACCCCCGCAGCGCCGGCGCAGCGACCAUCAACAGCCUCCUAUACGCGAUGGCCCUCCUGCACGCGGCGGACCUGUGCACCUUCGCGGCCCGCCCCGACACCGCCGCGGAAUACCGGGCGCGCGCCGCGGCCCUCCGCGCCGCUGUGAACCAGCACUGUCUCGGCCGGAGGGACGGGCUGUACACGGACGGCCCCGGGGUGGAGGAGUACAGCCAGCACACGCAGAUCUUCGCCAUUCUGUCGGAGACCAUCACGGGGCCGGACGCCGCGAGCCUCAUGCGCCGGUGCGUCGAGGACACGGCUCUUCCGCAGUGCUCCUACGCGAUGAAGUUCUACGUCUUCCGCGCCGCUGAGAAGGCCGGCGUCUACGCGGACGUGUUCCACCGCCUCCUCGCGCCGUGGCGCGCCAUGAUGGCGGAGAAUUUGACGACCUGGGCGGAGGACGAUGUCAAUGCCCGCAGUGAUUGUCAUGGCUGGAGUGCUUGUCCCGUCAAUGAGCUGGUGACGCAGGUGUUCGGCGUGACGCCGGUGACGCCGGGGGUUAAGGGAGUGCGGGUCCGGAUCGAGCCGCGCAGGGAGCUGGUGGCGCAGGCGGAGGGGUGGUUGUGGACGCCGGCUGGGGAGGUGAGGGUGAACUGGGAGAGGGAUGGGCCGGUGGAGGUGGAGGCGAGGGCGCAGGUUACGGUUGAGGUUGUUGCGGGGGGCAGAACGGCGGUUGUUGAGUUGGUGCCGGGGACGGUGUUUAGGGUUUAG